ACAGUAUUCUAAAUUUAUAGAAUUUGUCCGAUUUUAUUUAUAAAUUAUUAAAAACACGCAGCAUUUUUUACAUAAAAUACAUAAAACAACCACUUAUUAUUAUGCCAAAAAGUGAAUAACAUACGUAAUCAUGAAUUCAUUGCGGUGUGGAGUGAAAAAUCUGCGCUUCUUGAACUUGAAGACGUCGCUAUCUAUUUUGACGGAGACAAAGCCGAAGCCGAUUCAACUUCAAAACACUAAAUAUGACUUGACACCAAAACCUAUUUACUUUAGCCCUCACAACAUUGGCUUGGAAAUAUGUGAGAAGACUGAUGGACUCAAGAUAAAAAAGGAUCCACUUACAUACACACCUAUCGUAAAUCCUCGUUCUAUACUACCCCUUAUUGAUACAUGGCAGAAGGAUGAAAUUGGCUUGCCACCACUUCAGCAAGAAGAGAAACUUGCUAUUCGAUUGAUAGUCAUAAGAAGAAAGAAAAUGAAGAAACAUCAGAGAAGGAAGCUGUGGAAAAGAAUGAGACACCGUUGGGCCCGAGUGAGAAAAAACCGCCGCAUCAAAAGAGAGAAGAUAUUUCAAAAUGAGCUGUAUGCUUUAGUAAAACAAGCUAAUGAGUUUUCCGCUGAACAGUAUGUUGCCAGCAAACUUGAGAAGGCCAAUCACACACCGUUGCCCAGGAGGUGGAAGCAUAAACUUCUCCCAGAGUUUAUUAUCCGCCAGCUGAUGGGUCUGGACAAGAAAGUCAAUUACAAGCAUACAGAUGUUUAUAAAGCUUAAUUUUUUUCAUAGAGAUGAAAAUAAAACUGUGGAAUUAUUAAUAAAAUUAAUAAUU